AUCCAGACGAUCCUUGUGUACCCAAGAGUUUGGGGGCGGAAACAGACGGUUAUUCGAAGGAACACUGAUGUUUGGCAGCCUGUUCUUGGCCUGAGUUUGCUCUAGAUUGGCACAAGGUUAUCCACUUGUCGAAUCUGAGAUAGAGUAAAUCGUCCAAAGGUCUUGAAGUCACAUACGAACGCAUGAUGCACCUCCGUGUCGAGACUACGCCCCGAGAACAGCUCGUAAGAGCCAUCGAGAGGACCGAGGAACAACUUCAAAUUGUGCAUGAGCAGAUCGAAGCACUAAGGAACCAGCGGUUGGAAAUCGACAGGCAAAUCAUCACAUAUGAGAAGAGGCUGUGUCUUAGAGCGGAGGUGCAAGAUAAUGUUGCUGCCAAGGAGAAUGAAGCUGAAGAGUUGAGGGAGCAGCUCGCCACUGCGGUGCAUGAACUUGAAGGCUAUGACGAGACGACGCAGAUAAAGGCCAAAGAUUCGUCAUCCGCUGCUUCUGAUGAGGAUUAUUGAUGGUCGAAUUUUUUUUGAAAUACAACUAUUUUCUGCUUGGUCAUGCAACAUCAUGAGGUGAUGGAGAAGCCAAAGACGGGAACGAUGGUGUGGCUUUUGUGUAACUCGUGUUGUUGACAGGAUUC